UCGAGCGGACCACGUUCGCAGCUGCGCGGCGAUGAACUCUUGGGCCGCGCCAAGAGGGCCUUGAUGGCUAAGCGUGGAGCAGAGGCAGUGGCCUUCCACGCGCCCUGGGAGACCCUCGCACCUCCUAGGCCCCCGAAGCGAGGGCGGAGCGAACCCGGGCUAAGGGAGCUGCGAUGCGGGAAAACACCCUGGAGCGGAGGCGGCUGCAAGAAACGGAAACGGGCGGAAGAGGACGAGGAAACUUCGGCAAAGUGGCCCAGCGGCGCCUUGAAGCGGAGCAGACCUCAGGAAGAGCAGGUGCCUGGGGCAAGUGCCAGCGGCUGGGAGGGGACGAGGACGCGGCGGAAGGAGCCGCCUGGACCGCUGCCUGAGGCUGACGAGGAGGCUGGAUCGGGAGAAACCCCAGCACAUCCUUGGAACCCCAAAACAUCCAUGGCUGAGGAGCAUCAAGAUGACGUUUGGCACUACAACUCCUUCCAGUAUUGGAGGCCUCCAUUGCCUGCCAUUGAUUUGUCUGAUAUUCUUGAUCUAGAAAAAGAGAACAUGGUCAAAACAAGAAACUCUAGCGGGGCUGGCCUUUCAGAAAUGGAAACGUGAAAAAUGACCCAUUGGUAAAUGUAUUUUGCAGAAGCUGGUUUCUGUUUAGGUUCUGUUAUUACUUGAGAAAGUAAGCAGAUAUGAUGUUUCUGGUGAAGAAAAGUAUGUUUUGGAGAAGAAACAACAGACUUCAUCAGUAAGCCAAUGGCAUACAGAAAGAAGAGAGAGAAGACAGCGCUCAGAGGACUGUGGGAACGUUUGAAAACAGAUACGUAGUGAGAAAGAGACUUGACUUUGUAGAUUGAAAAAUGAACAGCACAGAUGCAGAUUGGUCUGUUAACAUAUGGCUGAAGUAUAUAAAUGAAAUUUUGAAUCUUUUUUUAUUGUUAGAUCAGCAUAACCAAAAAUAAAAAUAAGCACUUCUAUGCAAACUGAAAUUUAGACGGGCAGUUAUUUGCCUGCAAGAAUUACCACUGUAUAACUUUUGGUUUAUUAUUGUUUGAGGAACCAUCAACUAUGCUUCUUUCUCUUUUUUCUCUUCGUUUUAUAGAAGUGAUCAAUAGCUGUUUAUGUUUUGUUCCUUAGACUAUUAUGGGUAAAGAAAGUGAAUUAUUCAGUGUAAUGUGAAAUUAUGGGCAGUCUUUGUAGGAUCCAGUCCAGAUGGUGUUCUAGUUCUGCAUAGUUUAAAGCUUUGUUUCUUAGUGUAAUUACUCUGUGGCAUUUGAUUGACUGUGCUAGCAGUGAUAAUUAGAAGGGCUGCUGUAAACCAGCAUGGGCCUUCAGACAAAGAUUUUCUCUACUCCCCUCCCACUACCCAGGCCCAGCCCAGACAUAAAGUAGUUCUCUAGGGUUUCUUGGGGCCCUGGACUUUUAUUAAUCUAGUUCCCCCUUUCUCAGUGGUUCUGAUAGUCUGAAACAGAGUUUAUGGGUACAUGUGAACAUUAGGGCUUUCAAAUGUCAAUUUUUAAGUUGUAAACAUUUCUUUGUUAAUACAUUGUAACUUUGUUGGAAUAUCUGAUAAAAUCUUUUCACUGAAUUGAAAUCUUCAUUAGAUCUUUGUCAAUCAAGUUGUGAAUUUGUACUGAUUACCCUUUAUUUUGAUAACAUUUUUUAUGUGCU